UAUACUAAACCUGUGAUGAAUCCUGUUAAAUUGCUUGUCAGAAUACUUCUGCUUCUGUUUUUCUCUCAUUUCUCCGUAUCUGCUGAUACGAUAACGAUAAAUAACUUCAUCAGAGACGAUGGUGGAAUCGUGGUCUCCAGUGGUAAGGUUUUCGCUCUCGGGUUUUUCAGCCCCGGCAGUUCGAGGAACCGAUAUGUCGGCAUCUGGUAUUUUCAGGUACCGGAGAAGACAGUUGUUUGGGUGGCUAAUAGAGAUGAUCCCAUUAAGGAUAACUCGGGGAAUCUCAGAAUCGACAGUCGAGGAAACCUUGUCUUGUUCCAGAGGAACCGAACACUUCCUGUGUGGUCUACAAACAUCUCCAUGGCAGGCACUGGGAAGAACACCAUUGCUCAAAUUUUGGAUUCGGGAAAUCUUGUUUUGCUUCAGAAUGAUACCAGAAGGGAAGUGCUGUGGCAGAGUUUUGAUCAUCCUACAAACACUAUGCUCCCGUUUAUGAAACUCGGGUUGAGUUUCAGAACUGGUUUGAAUCGAGUCAUAACGUCUUGGAAGUCCCCAGAUGAUCCGGGAAUUGGAAACUGUUCCUACAGGAUUGACCCGAGCGGGUUUCCUCAGCUGUAUUUGUACAAGGGUUCGGCUCCGUGGUGGCGAACCGGGUCGUGGACCGGGCGAAGAUGGAGUGGUGUACCUGAAAUGACAAGCAACUACAUAUUUAAUGUUUCUUUCGUCAACACUGCUGAUGAAGUGUCGAUCACGUAUGGGGUGACCAACACUUCCUUCAUUACAAGAAUGGUGACGAAUGAAACAGGUAUUCAACAAAGAUUCAAUUGGAACCGUGAAGCUCGACAUUGGAUUGGGUUCUGGUCGGCCCCGAAGGACCCGUGUGAUUUUUACGGAUACUGUGGUCCGAAUGGUUACUGCAACCCUGUUCGCUUGGAUGAUUUCGAAUGCGUAUGUUUUCCGGGAUUCGAGCCCAGGUCAUCCCAAGAAUGGUAUCUAAGAGAUGGAACACAUGGAUGCGUGAAGAAACGCGGUACCUCGAUGUGUCGAAACGGAGAAGGGUUCAUCAAGGUGCAACAUACCAAGGUGCCCGACACAUCCGCGGCACGCGUAGACAUGAGUAUGGGACUUAAACAAUGCGAGGUCGAGUGUUUGAGAAAUUGUUCUUGCUGGGCUUAUGCUAGUGCAUAUGCGGAGACAGACGGAGGGGUUGGAUGCUUGACUUGGAACGGGGAUUUGGUGGAUGCAAGGACAUAUACAGAUGCGGGACAAGACAUAUACAUACGCGUCGAUGCCGAUGAAUUAGCUCGGUAUACGAAGAAAGGCCCAUUUCAAAAGAAGGGAGUGCUUGCGGUUACCAUAGUUUCUGCACUUGUAUUGUUUCUCAUCCUUCUGGCCCUCUUGCAUUGCUUAGUGAGAAGGCUUAGGAGAGAAAGAAGAAGGAAAAACACCUUUAGUUUUACGAGUUCAUCGUUGUUCGAAGACUCUUUAGGACAAAAAGAGAUUGACGAGAGCAGAAGAAACGGAGAUUUGCCGUUCUUUGAUUUAAGCACCAUAGCCGCUGCCACUAAUAACUUCUCUACUGAUAACAAACUCGGACAAGGCGGAUUCGGUCCUGUUUACAAGGGUGUGCUCUUCAAUGGCAAAGAAAUAGCAGUGAAAAGACUAUCAAAGCACUCAGGGCAGGGAGUACAAGAGUUUAAGAAUGAGAUAGUGCUAAUUGCAAAACUCCAGCACAGGAAUCUCGUAAGGAUGCUAGGGUAUUGCAUUGAGGGCGAAGAGAAGAUGUUAAUCUAUGAGUUUUUACCCAAUAAAAGCUUAGACUCGAUCAUUUUCGAUGAAUCAAAAAGUUUUCUGUUGGAUUGGAAAAAGCGUUUAAAAAUUAUUUGUGGGAUUGCUCGAGGGAUCUUGUAUCUUCACCAGGAUUCCAGGCUAAGAAUCAUUCACAGAGAUCUCAAGGCGAGCAACGUCUUACUCGAUGACGGAAUGAAUCCGAAAAUCUCCGAUUUCGGCAUGGCCAGAAUUUUCGGAGGAGACCAAAUUGAAGGCGAUACUAAACGUGUAGUUGGAACAUAUGGUUACAUGUCGCCGGAGUAUGCAAUGCAUGGUCACUUCUCGACAAAAUCCGAUGUUUAUAGUUUCGGGGUCCUGCUGUUAGAGAUCAUCACAGGCAAAAAGAACAGCAGUUAUUUUUCAGAUGAUCCCUCGUCAAAUCUCGUCGGACAUGUUUGGGAUUUAUGGAAAGAAGACAAAGCCAUUGAAGGAGUAGACUCGGCACUGGGUGAUUCAUAUUCGGCUGAUGAAUUUAUGAAAUGCAUUCAAAUCGGAUUAUUGUGCGUGCAAGAACAUGCGACAGAUCGACCGGCGAUGUCCACAGUUGUGUUCAUGUUGAGCAACGAAACGUCUCUUCCGUUUCCCAAACAGCCCGCAUUCAUAGCGAAAACUCACAAAGGCGACGAGAUAUCAACCAGUGAAGGAACUGGAUCUGUAAAUGAUGCGACUAUCACUAUGGUUCACGCUCGAUAGAACUAUUAGCUAUAUAUAUAUAUAUAUAUGAACAGGUGGAUGAAUAAAAAUAAAUAU